AUGGCGACGGAUCCAGCGAAAAACCGCAUGCAUGUUUUCAAGAACACAGGCAAAGAUGUCGACGAAAUGCGCAGACGACGAAACGAAGUGACAGUCGAGCUCAGAAAAAAUAAAAGAGAAGAAUCACUUCAAAAACGUCGUAAUGUACCCAUCAGUGACUCAACAGACGAAGAUGAGAUCGAGAGGACGUUGGCCUCUACAGAUCUUCGUGAGCUAGUUAUGAAUGCGGCAAACGCAGAUAAUCCUGAAGUGCAGCUUUCAGCCGUGCAGCAAUGUAGAAAACUACUCUCUUCCGACAAAAAUCCACCGAUAGAUGAAUUAAUCAGCACUGGAAUUCUCCCUAUUCUUGUUGUCUGCUUAUCUAGAGCAGACAACCCUACCCUGCAAUUCGAAGCGGCGUGGGCUCUUACGAAUAUUGCGUCUGGAACAUCUGCGCAAACUAAUAAAGUGGUUCAUGCUGGAGCAGUUCCAUGGUUCUUGCAAUUACUUAUGUCACCACAUGAGAAUGUGUGUGAGCAAGCUGUCUGGGCUCUUGGUAAUAUUAUUGGUGAUGGCCCUAUUCUACGAGAUUUUGUUGUUGAAUUGGGAGUUGUCAAACCUUUAUUGAGUUUCAUUAAGCCUGAGAUACCUAUAUCAUUUCUACGUAAUGUGACAUGGGUUAUUGUGAACCUGUGCAGAAGUAAGGAUCCCCCACCACCAAUCAAGACUAUCCAAGAAAUUCUACCUGCUCUUAAUGUACUCAUCACCCACAGUGACAUCAACAUACUUGUAGACACAGUAUGGGCUAUCAGCUAUUUAACGGAUGGGGGCAAUGAUCAGAUCCAGAUGGUUAUAGACUCGGGUAUUGUGCCCAAACUAAUCCCUCUUCUCUCACACAAAGAGGUGAAGUGCCAGACAGCAGCUUUAAGGGCUGUGGGCAACAUUGUAACAGGCACAGACGAACAAACUCAAGUUGUUCUUAACUGUGAUGCAUUGUCACACUUCCCAGCCUUGCUCUCACAUCAGAAAGAAAAGAUCUGCAAAGAAGCAGUGUGGUUCUUGUCAAACAUAACGGCUGGUAAUAAACAACAAGUACAGGCAGUUAUUGACGCUGGUCUCCUACCCAAGAUUGUGGAAAACCUCAGCAAGGGUGAAUUCCAGACCCAAAAGGAGGCAGCUUGGGCUGUUUCCAACUUAUGUAUCAGUGGCACUAAGGAGCAAGUAGCUACUCUAAUCCAAUGUGGAGUUAUACCCCCUCUGUGCAAUCUCCUCGCAUGCAAGGAUACACAAGUUAUUAAUGUGGUACUAGACGGUCUCUCUAACAUGCUAAAGAUGGCUGGAGACAGUGCAGAACAAGUGGCCAACAUGAUUGAGGAAUGCGGAGGUAUCGACAAGAUUGAGGAACUGCAGUCUCAUGAGAAAGUGGAGAUUUACAAGAUGGCGUAUGAUAUCAUUGAGCAGUACUUUGCGGACGAGGAAGAAGACGCGACCCUCGUGCCUCCAACGGCGGAACAAUCUUUCCAGUUCGAGCCGGCGCCCAGCGGUCCCCAAGACGGCUUCCGCUUUUAG